UUAGCAACCAUUGAAUUUGAAUAAUUAAGUUAGAUGAUAGUAUAGAUGCUCAAACUAUUGGACUCCGUCGAGCUUUUCAUCUUUUUACCGUAGUUUAAUCCGGAAAGCCGUUUAUGAGGGGUUCUGAGUUUUUACUAUUUUAUAUUAUUAUAAUUAUAGAUAAUAAUUCAAAAAAAUCCAACUCCUUGAUAGCCUUUAUGGAGUGAUGUGAUUUUGGAUUUCUUUCCUUUUCUGUACUCAAGUUGCCUGCCUGGAUUUUUCCAAUUUUAAGCUAACAUUGCAUUUCUUCCUCUUGGCGAGAUUUUACUCGUUUAAAUUAUCGUAAUUAUACUUUGGCUAAUUUCAAUAGUACUCGAUGUGCCAUACAAUUUUUAUAAUUGCUUUAAUACUUUCAGUUUCUUUCUGAUUUUCAUUCUCGGGUUUAUAAAAAUAGUCGAUAGAGCUUUAUUGCUUAAAUCUGUUUUUAGUUUUUGUUAUUAAGGUCACUUAAAAUACCCGUAAAGUCAAGCCAUCCGUGCUUCACACCCUAGUAAAUUAGAUUGUCUAGGACUUGACUGUUUUUUUUCGCAUGUCUUUCGGCGAAUUGCUUAAUCUUCUCGCUCCAUUUAGAUUGUAUCUUAAGAGUGGUUACGAUUAGUGACACUGAGACAAAGGUGUUGCGACCGUUCUAUUUUAUAAUUAGGAUCCAGGCGCAAUUAGUUGCAAUAUCGACUCGACUGAAUGCAACGCAUGUCCGGAAAAGGAGCACAAGUUGAUACGGGACGAUGACCCAUGACGAAGGAGGGAGAGAGUGAACAGCUGACGAAAUGCAAAUAGGAGGCGGCGGAGAGACGAUGAAGCAAGGAGGGAAGGAGGGAAAGAGGGAGGAAGGGAGAGAGGAAAGGAGUGGGGGUGUUGUGAGAGUGGCCAGUCGGGCAGCCGUCAUCAUGGAGGAGGCUCCGCUUUUGGACCAAGCAGGUACCACUGUUAGGCGGCAGUACUUGGCAAUGGAGGAGGUAAAUGCCCAAAUUAACAUCAGUAGAAAAGUAUUAAUUCAGAGAGAAGCAGUCGAAGAAGUGGAUGAGCCGAAGAAAGAAUCUCUCCUAAAACGUUCGAUUAAAUUAGAGUGCAACCCAAAGGAAGCUUGCACGAGUUUAAUUCCUGCCAUCAAAUGGCUCUCAGAAUAUAACUGGAAAGAAUGGCUGGUGAAAGACGCAAUUUCAGGUUUUACUGUAGCAGUUAUGAACAUCCCACAAGGAAUGGCUUAUGCUUUACUUGCCAAUGUACCUCCAGUGGUUGGAAUUUACAUGGCAUUUUUCCCAGUGAUCAUAUAUGCAUUUCUUGGGACAUCCCGUCAUGUUUCAAUGGGUUCUUUUGCUGUUAUAUGCUUAAUGACUGGGAAUACUAUCAAUAAACAUGUUACUGAUCAUGAUCAAGAUCCAGCUAUGGCUCAAAUUACAGCAUUAGGAAUAGGUUCAACGUUAGCAUUCCUUGUAGGAAUGUAUCAGAUAAUUCUUUAUGCACUCCGAUUGGGUAUAGUUUGCACACUACUUUCUGAUACAUUAAUUAGCGGUUUCACAGCAGGAGCAGCUGUGCAUGUAUUUUCUUCCCAAUUAAAGGAUAUUUUAGGAAUUAAGUUACCUGUGAUUAAUGGGCCAUUUAAACUCGUAUAUGUUUAUACUACCAUUUUUGAGAGAUUAAGUACUGCUAAUGUAGCAGCUGUAAUAAUAUCAGCAAUUACCAUGGUUAUUCUUGUAGUUAACAAUGAAAUAAUAAAGCCUAGGAUUGCUAAAAUAAGCAGGUUCCCCAUUCCUAUUGAACUUAUUGUUGUGACAUCUGGAACACUAGUUUCUUACUUGGGCCAUAUUGCAGAAAUUUAUAACCUAAGAGUAGUCGGUAAAAUUCCUAAAGGAUUACCUCCACCUUCGCUGCCUAAUUUCAGUAUUUUACCUGAGAUAGCUGUGGAUGGACUAAUAAUUUCAUUGAUUGCAUACAUAGGAUCUUUAUCGAUGGCACUUAUAUUUGCUAAUAAAUUUAAAUAUGAAGUCAAUGCCAACCAAGAACUCUUUGCACAGGGAAUGGGAAAUAUAUUUGGUAGCUUUUUUUCUUGUCUUCCUUUUGCAGCAUCUUUGUCAAGAAGUGUGAUACAACAAAGUGUUGGCGGUGUUACACAACUAGCUAGCCUUAUAAACAGUAGCCUGAUACUGAUAGUUUUGUUGUGGAUUGGACCAUUAUUCGAACCUUUACCUAGGUGUAUUUUAGCAAGCUUAAUUAUUGUUGCUCUCAAAGGGGUACUUAUGCAAGCUCUGGAUAUAUUUAAAAUUUGGAAAGCGUCGAAAAUAGAUGGUGUGAUAUGGAUUUUCACAUACCUGAGUGUGAUCAUAGUGGAAAUAGAAUACGGUUUAUUAAUAGGAAUAAUUGUUUCUAUCUUAAGUCUUAUUAUAAGAGGAGCUAGUUCAAGACUUGAUGUGCUGAAAAGAUUACCAAAUUCUGAACUAUACGUUGAAGUUGAGAAGUAUUCAAAAACAACAGAUCUUCCAGGUAUCAGAAUAGUUAGAUAUUCAGGCUGUUUAAACUUUGUGAACAGAUCAUUUUUUAAAGCCAAGUUGCUUAAACUCCUGGAGACUAAUGAUCCUAACGAAAAUGAAGUAAAUAAAGAUUCUUCACCAGAAAUAUUACAGGAAACAAUCAUUUUGGACUUUAAAUGUUUAACAUAUAUAGACCCAUCUGGAGCAGAAUGUCUCAAGAGUUUAAUCAAUGAACUUAGUAGAGAAAAUAAGGCUUUAUUUUUAGCUGGACUCUCAGCUGAUGCGACUGAAACCUUAAGGUUUUGUAAUGUAACUAAGGACACAGGAGUUCCGAUUUUUCCCAGCAUUCACGAUGCCGUUACAUUUGCUCAAUCAAAACAAACUGGGGUAUUUACAAUAAGAUUAUAGUAAAUUGUAUAAAGAAAAUAUAUAAGUGUAUCUAUUUGUAAAUAUAAUUGUAUAAAUAUAAGAAUAAGGUUCCUUUUCUUUUUCUUUUGAUGUAAAUGUUUAUAUAUUUUUCUGUAUUUAUGUUUAAUUUAAAAAUAAAAAUUAUUUUUUUAAUAUUUAA